UCUGUGAAUAUGAUCCUGUAACGCAUCAUUCAAUGGAUUCCCUGUCCUUGGAUGACCAACGAGGGCGACAGUGUAAUGUUUGUUACCAUUCCUUCGCACGAGAUGGUGAACACGUUCCUCGAAUACUGUCCUGUGGCCAUACCUACUGUACAGUAUGUUUAAGUAAGCUAGUUGGAAAAUUCUCACGAGGUAAAAUCUGUUGCCCGACUUGCAAAACAGAUACAUCAAUUCCAGGACUUGUCAACAAUGUUCAGAAGCUUGCCAAAAACUUUGCUGUCCUUGACAUAUUGGAAGGUUUAGAAGAAGUGCUACGUGGCUCAUCUUUAGCCACAAAUCAGAUGCUGUUAUGCAAUGAACAUGACAAUGAGCCCAAGAAGGUGUACUGUUUAACAGAUAGCAUGGUAAUCUGCAUAUACUGCCAGGUGUAUGGACCUCAUAAAGGACAUGAUUGUCAGCUCGUGAGCCAGGUUGCUUCAAGCAACAGAGAGAUACUUGCUCAAAUGCAAGAGGACUUGGCAGCUCAGAAGAAGAUAUUGCUUCCUGCCUGGAGGCAAAUCCAAGAUGUCUCAAAUACUGUGCAACUUACGGAGGAGAAAAUGAUGCGAGAAGUUCGUCAACAUUUUGACAUUCUGAGGAGGAAAUUAUGUCGGAGAGAAAAAGAGGUCACAGGUCAUCUGAAGUCACUCACAUCUGGGAAAGUGGUGGUUCUCCACAAACAAUGUCGGAGAAUUGGAGAACUGAUGGACAGGGUUGAGCAGCUCAAAAUGGCUUGCCAAUCCUUCGUCUCGGGUCCUGAUUACGAGGUGGUGCUCAAGAUGGAUUCUCUAAAGUGUGAUAUAGAGACGUUCAUAGCAGAGCUACCCAAGCAUGACUUCAGUCCUUGUGCAAGGAACAAUCUUGUUUGUGACCUACCUCAGGAGUUGCAAAAGGCCAUAGCUACACAUGGAGCUGUCAUGGAAUGCCAAGAUCCUGAACGAUUAGAAAAUGCUUCUCACAAGCCCAGUGAACCUUGUGGGGGUGGCCUACAGGACCAGGACCACCAGCAGCAAGACCAGUCUCUACCUGCCACUGAGACCAGCUACUCUGGACCUAGUGGUGAGGAGGUAGAAGCGGCCGAUAUCCGACGGCACAACCCCGAGAUGACCGCUGCUUCUGGUCAACAUAGCAGACAUUCCUCAGCUAGACCUAGGCAGAGACUGCAGAGACCAGAUGUGAUCAUCUUUGACAGUGUGGGAGACCUAGAUGAGAUCGACCCAUCCGUGUGUCAAGUGCUCCCUCUAUGUCAAUGCCAUGGUGACGGCACCCGCGGAAGGUGUGACCUGUAUGUACACAGUGGAAGACGCAGGCCCGGAGAGAGAGACACAAGCCAAAAUGAAGAAGACGCCUUUCAAGACGUGAGUGAUGCAAGCAGCGACACCUCUUCCUCCUCUGCUGCCAGCCCUGACUUCAGCGAUGUCAGUGACCUCGAACUUGACCUUCCUCUGAGGUCCGCUUGGUCCAAUCGUGGAGGCUGGUCGUCGCCAAACGCCAACCCCUCCCCAUCAUGCCAGGAAGGAAGAAGAGAUUCCGGCGUGCACGAAGCGGGAGAGACGUCCGUCAGGGUGUCUGUUCGAGAGGUUGUCGCCGAGAUGGAGAGAGGACAGGGUUCAGGAGAUGCUGCCGAGGAUGGUGCUGUUGGAGGAGAGAUCCAGGAAGCCCCCUCGUCUUCUGAUGAAGUUACAACAAGGAAUCCAGACGAAAGCCAAGAAAAUACAGCGGAGACAGGAUGCAUACUGCCCCCUACUGGUCACAUUCAUCCGAGAUCAAACUUGGAAGCGAAAUGUUCAGUGUUCAACUGCUCAUCUCUGGCGGCCAGUGCUGUUUACGUCCGUUGUAAGCACUGCACCCGAGUGUUCUGUCAGAGCUGCGUCCAUCACUCAUCAAGCGCUCGUCGCUGCUACAAACGCCCUCGUGGUCACAGCUUCGUCCUCUUCGCACAUUCCUCGUCUCAAACUAACACUUCCUCCAACAACAACAACAACUCUAUUACCCAUUCAGCUGCUGUUUCUCAGGAAAGUCAUCGACACCGCAGGCAUCACCAUGGUUACCAUCAUCAUCAUCAUCAAUCUGGUAGUAGGCAUCAGCACAACUCCUCGUCUCGGCGCCACCAUCAUCAUCAGCAUCCUUCGCAUCACCAUGACAACCAGGAGUUCUCCCAGCAUCAGCACCAGCGGAGGGACUACCGUCGCAGCAGGAGCAGGGGUCAACACAGGUCGGGUGGUCAGGAGUUCGACGAAGGUCAUGUUAGGGUCCAAAGGGAAGGGCAUCAUUCGCGAGUGAUGGAAAGAUUCUUUGAAGAUCUCAUUAUCUAGUCGUAUUCUAGGUCAGGAGAAAACUUCUGUUAACAUGAUGACUAUGACUACUGAAUUCUUAUUCUCCUCAUUGAUCUAAAACAGGAACCUUCCAAUAAUAGUAUGCAAUGGGUUCAUCUGGUAGUAACGAUGUGAUUUGAGUAUCAGAUGCAUUUUAAAUAGACUUCAGUCCAAGCUGUCACAUGCUUAACCCAUAACCUACUGGAACCCGGUGGUCCUUUGUAUUAAGCCUAUGGCAAUCAAUGAAUGCAGUAGUUAACUCUUAAGCUGCCACCCAUACAAUGCACCCAGUGCCACAGUGCUAAUCUCUAUUGUGCCAGCAACAAAGCCCCUGCGUGCCAAGUUAAUUUUAGGGUUGGUUCAAGUGCGUGUUUUUAAAAUCUUUACUAUGUUUGAUCCACUAUAACUUCUCAUUCGUAUGUUGUAUAAACAAACAUUGUACAUGAGAGUUGUAGGAAAUUUCACCCUUUUUCCAUUGAUACCAAUAUCAUUUCAUGAAUUUGUAAUUUUGCUGAAGUAAAUAAGCACUAUCAGUGAGCUUUCGAACCAAUCCAAUGCGAUGGGGAGGCAUAAUGAUGAUAUAUGAUAUCAAAAACAAAUCUCUAAAUUACUCGAGAAAAUCCAAUCUGACUGUUGUAUACAAAGACGCGUAAUCCAAAGCCGAUAAUCUGAUGCACGCGACGGUACUUUCAAUAGCGCUGCAAAAGCACUCAACACGGUGCAAUGGGCAUGAACAAUAACUGUUAUUACAUCUGCGCGCUAGCGCGCACAAAGCACCGUAGCGGUGGCUCGCUAGCAUGAACGUGGCUUUCAAUCGAUAGCACGCUCGCGUGCACAUGGCACUAUAACAAUAGCGCGCUAGCAGUCUCAUGGCAGUGUAAGAGUUAACAGGUUGAACAGAUGAAGCAUUAGCAAUAUUGUUGGACUAUUUUUAAACUACAUUAGAUCCUUGUUAUAAUGGACUCUGAGGGACCCAGGUAGCUAAUAUACUGAAACCUUGUUAUAUCAGGGCUUAAGAACAGUAGAUUAUGAUAACGUUAACUGAGGGCCCUGCAAUCACUCCGGCUUUGGCACAGCUUUCAUGAUAAGGCGCACAAGCCUUUAAGAAAUUUCAUCCUACCGGGUGCCCAUUUAUUCACCUGGGUGGAGAGUGACUAAUGUAGAUUCAUGUCUUGUAACUUCUAAGAAGUGGAUCGGCAAUGAUACUUUGUUAUAAAGAGAGUUUGUUUUGAAAGUGUACUUUAUAACUAGGUUCCACGACAUUAAUCGUAUUCGAAUUCCCCCCUAUGAAGAGAAAUGAUUUUAGAAUUUCUCUCACAUAGGUAAAUUCCUUUUUUUGCUGAAAUAGGACCAAAGUUCUUCCCUGUAGUUUCCUUUGUCAAAAACAUAACCUGAAAUAUGGCUGGAAUAUGGCUGAAAAUCUAAGCAUUGCUGUAAGGCAGCAAUUGAAGAAAAUAUUUAUCUAGGUCUUAAUCAUGUAUUUGGUGAAAACAACUAAUAGUAUUCUUUAGUGUAAUUUCAUUGAUUCCUAUAGAUGGGAUUAAGUGAAGUCUUGGAGUCAUUUAUUACUCUAUUCAAAGCUAGUUAAGAGAGGUGUUAGCUCUGUACAUGCAUUCAAAAGUCGAAGAUGAAAUCAUUUUGAUGCAAGAACUGAAAAAUGCAUCACACUUUGAAAGAUAAAAGAAUGUAAAUACAUGUAAUUGUAAUAUUGUAAUUUAGACAUUAUAAAUUAUAGUUAUUUCUAUUUAAAUGUUGCUAUAAGUAUGAAAAAGAUGCAAGCUGCUGCAAUAUGAGCAGAUGUUCUUACAGUAAUCUUUAAUAUGUCACUGCAGCUGUACAGAUUAAUACUACCUUGAGAUAACAAAAAUAUAAGCUACAUUGUCUGACAAUGAUUGAGUAAGUUCAAUAAUAGAUGUAUUUAUUCAUGGUAUGUUCUUCUGUGUUAAGUUCUUAAGUUAUAGGGAGUGUCUGUUUAUGCAUGAAUAUGUUUUUUUCCCUCAUUUUUUCACAUGAUCGAAAUUGUAUUUGAUGUAAUUGAAAAACCUGAACUGCCUUUAUAAAUCUGUUUACUGGUACUGAAUGUCUUUGGGAAUAUUAAUAAUUUAGAAAUAGUAGGAUUAAUUUUUGAGUGUAAAUUUAAGCUUAUUUUCUUUAGAAAUGAGGACAGGGUUAACCUAAACAUUUUCUUUCCACUGGAUGGACUUUAAACUAUUUAUUCAUUGCUCUAAGUUUUUGUCAAUAUCUUGUUGGGACAAAAUAAUGCCUUGUGAUCUUGUGUGUGAACUUAAAAAAAUAUGGACAUUUCAUUUUUUUUCUUUCUUAUUAACUGUUGACACAUAAGAUUAAGAAAUAGUGCAUGCAAUAUAUACAAAUGUAAGUAGCUUAUGUUGUGUAUAUUUUUGGUAAAAGUUACAAAUGUAGAUAUAUUGUAAUUAGGGGAGUUUGCUCAGUCGGUAAAGUGUCUGCCUGUCGUAAUUAGAGAUCAUGGGUUCGAAUUCAACCCAGGCAGAUGACUGAAGCCUGCUUUGUGUGUUAACGUGCCCCCCCCCCUUUUCUUAGAUGCAGGCUAUAUUACAGUGGAAAAAACACUGCGUCCCUCAGAUAGGACGUUAUGAAUUGUACUUUGUCAUAAUAGAAUAAGUUUGUACGUUACCAUUGAUUGUAAAGCUAUGAUAGAUUGAAGGAUAUAUGAUUGAUUUAAUUCGUUGAGGAAGAUUUCAUUGUGCUUUAAAGACUGUCUGCACUAGUUUGGCCAAGAGGGAUUAGACCACCCUUCUGGUCACUGACAGGUGGUCAUCUCAUCAACUCAGCACUCAAAUUACAUAAGAAAAAGAGGAUCAUGGGGGACCAACUGGCACCACUUAGGCAUUGUUUUCUAUAUAGAGGGAGUAAGUAGCAAUGAGUAGUACAGUGGGGCUUUAAAACUCAUUUCAUGUUUGUCCAGAUUCUGUCCCUUGAUAGAUAUAUUUAUUUCUUCAGUCAUCUUUGUUCCCCUCCCUUACACUCAUCCCACACAGAGCACCCCAACUAAGCGCACAAUCCCCGAAGAAAAAUGAAAGGAAUGCCUCCUUUUCAGUGUUGAGGGUAUUUUAUUUUCUCAGGGGAUUGGGCACACAACACAGAAACAGUUCAGGCAGUGGACUAAUUUCUUGUAGACUCCAGCAUAAGUAUACUCUGAAACCAUCCUCAAUUUCCAAGAGAUGCAACCAAUUGUAGCUCUAUGUUUAAUACAGGGUCUCUAUCUGAGUGAUAAACAUCUGUAAAAACUCAAUAAUGCAAAUAUUGGCUGAGUAUUCUAAAGCAACCACUUUCAAAAUGUGUUUCACUAUAAUAUCAUGGGCCGUACCGGGAUUGCUUAAUUUAGCAGUCUGCUACGGGUAAUUAAGGGUUUAUGGUGUGCCCAGCAGCAGAGUACAAAUGGUUAUUGGGAUGCACAUCCAAUAUUGGUAGACAAAUUUGACCAUUCCUAGACUACAAUCUACUCAAACAUUGCAGGCUGAACAAUGUCCAAAUAUUUUGACAGGGAUAGUUCAGUACUUCAACGAAGGACAUACAAUUUAUUUCCAUGCUUUGCGCUUCAAAUGUGUAUCUUUUUUAUAUGCAAUACUGCAACGAAACGUCUUAAUAUGUACAGUAGAUAUUGUGUUUGGACUGGUAAAGGAGGGAGUAUUGAAUAAGGUAGAUGUUCAUAUUUUUAUGCAACAAUGCGUUUCUUUCAAUAUAACCAAAGUAAUUAUUUUUCUUUACUUCAUUCUUUCGAAACGAAAUCAUGUCGUCGUGACCAAAGUGCCCAUCAAUAAUAUAUAUAUGCAUCUCUUGUUGUAUCAGUAAUUGCAGAUUAUCAUAACGUAUUCUUUCUAUCUUUAGUAUUCCUUCUUUCUGAGAUUGAUAUUAAAAAACGCUGAAAAUUAAACAAACA